AAAAAUAAGGGAACAAGGAUGGGAGACACUCUUACACAAAGUUACUUCAUUUUCAACUAAGCACAAAGUUGAAGUACCUAACAUGGAUGCUCUUUAUGUUCCCCAAGGAAGAUCAAGGCGUUUUGUUGAACAAGCAACGAAUCUACAUCAUUUUCGAGUUGGAAUUUUUUUGGAAGUGAUUGAUUUGCAUCUUCAAGAACUUGAUAAUCGAUUUAAUGAGAGGAACAUGGAGCUACUUACAUGCAUGACUUGCCUAAGUCCCAAAGGUAAUUUCUCUUCCUUUGACAAAGAAAAGAUUCUCAAACUUGCCUCUUUUUAUCCCGAAGAAUUUUCUAGUGUUGAUGUGAUGGCUCUUGAACUUCAACUUGAUGUAUUCAUGGAUAAUAUGUUAAGUGAUGAAAGAUUUUGUGGUUUGCAAGAUCUUAAUUCUCUUUCCAUGAUGCUUGUUGAAACAAAGAGGCAUGAGAAUUUUCCACUUGUAUAUUUGCUCAUCAAGUUGAUGUUGAUUCUUCCCGUUGCUACGGCAAGUGUUGAAAGGGUGUUUUCCGCAAUGACAUGUGUCAAAAAUAAGUUGCGAAAUAGCAUGGGCGAUCAAUUUAUGAAUGAUUGUUUGGUAACUUUUAUUGAGAAGGAUGUGUUCUUACAAGUUCCCGAUGAAAAAAUCAUUGAUCACUUUCAAAAUAUGAAGACCCGAAGGAUGAAGUUGUAAUUUUUAUUUUUAGUUUAAUUUUUUUUUUUGUCAUUUUUCUUAGAUUGUAAGACUAUAAGCAUUUUGGAAAUUUGAAUGUAAAACAUUAAGUAUUAAACAAUUUAUGGUGUAUUGUUUUUUUUUACAUAUUUUUUUCCGAAUGUUUGACGGUCGAAUUUUGUCCCCCCACUUUGAGAAUCCUGGC